AUGUUAUCACAUCAAGCCCCUGCAUCGAAUCGUGCUACAUCAUCAUCAUCAUCGAGCAACACAUUGGAACCUUUGGGUAAUUUGUUUGCCCUGAAGGGCUUUGAAAAAUGUAAAUUAACAACAGCAGGAAGACCCAUGUAUUCAUCCGAAAUGAAGGAAAUUGAAAAUAUGAUUGUUGUUGGAAUUGCUCUGAUCGAUAAUAAUGGAAAGGAAAUUAAAGAUUUUAAUCAUGUAUAUUUAUCCACACACAGAAUGUAUUUUUUGAGUCAUCCCGAAUCAUCAAACAAUGCAAGAGCUUCAUUGGAUUAUGGCCUCACAUGCUCGUUAUCAAUUGUUGAAAGAGUUGAAAAGGAAGGUGGAGGAUUAUUCCGAUCACCAAAAACCAAAAUCCUAAUGAGAACCAAGGACUUUGCCAGCGAAUUUGUAAUUUCGUUUAGAAAAGGAAAACGAGAUGAGUUUGUGGAUUGUAUUCAUGAGCAAUUGAAGAAAAAGAAAUGGUUAGAAAGUUUACCAACAGUAAGCUCAACUCCAGCGCUGCCUUCAUCAUCAAUGACGUCUUCAUUGCCGCUGGUUUCGGCAUCUACUGACUCGUUGGAAAGUAUGAACAAAAAACCAAAAAACUUUCAAACAAGCACUGCAGGUAUUGCAGGUAUCAUGAAAAGAAUUGACGAGGAAAAUUUAGAAGAACGAAAGGAGCUUGAUGAAGCCUUUUCAGAUCUGAAAAAGCUCAUGGAAAAGGCAGAAGACAUGGUUAAUUUGGCAGAAUCAUUUAAAAAUAAGAUUGUGCAACGACAUAAGAAUGUGACACACGACAAUACAGAAGAAGAAAACGAAGAGGAAAAUCAAAUGUUAGAUUUCUUACUUAAUUUGGGUUUGACUUCUCCUGUCACAAAACAAUCUAGUGGAGCUCAGUAUCACCAACAACUGGCACGACAACUUGUAGACUUUCUUGACAACAUUGUGCAAGAGCGGUAUGGUGGUGUGAUCACACUAACUGACGCCUAUUGUUUAUAUAACAGAGCAAGAGGAACUGCUUUAAUUUCUCCUGAAGACAUGCAAACUGCAUGCUCUUUAUUUGAAAAGCUGAAACUACCAAUGAAGUUAAGAAGUUUUGAAAGUGGAGUUGUCGUCAUUCAAUCCUCUCGAUAUUCAGAUACUUUAAUGGCCAACAAGAUCGAAUCUUUUAUUAGAGAGGGAAGAGAAAAAGAUGUCAUGUCGUACUGCUACAUUACUGCCGUGACGUUGGCACGAUUUCUUAAUGUGAGCGCUGUAUUGGCAAAAGAAUUAUUAUUGUCAGCAGAGGCAUCUAAAAAACUUUGUCGUGACGAAAACGAGGAAGGUAUUCGAUUUUAUUUAGUCUCUGAUGUUUUUGAUCCUUUUGUUAAUUAUUAA